UACACAUCACUUCUACGAUUGAGCUCAACAGGUAAUGACUUGGCCCAGUUUCCUCCCUUUUUUCCUCCUUUUUUUCCCUUCUGUGUUUCUCCUCUUUCUCUCCCUGUUUCUCCCUCUGUGUGUGCUUUGGGUACAUAUAAUGAGAAGGGAGGAGGUAGCUUGAGAAGCAAUUGCUCCGCCAGUGGGCGUUUUCUGGCUGCUGCCCGAGCGUCCAUGGGAGGCACUGCAGUGAUUUUAUCCGCUGCUUUUGAGCAUCCAUCGAGCAACGUAUACAUCAGAGAGCAUAAAAAACACACAGAGCCCAUAGGUAUACUCGCUGCCCCUCCCCCAACCUCCACAGUUGGAGAAGAGGACGAGUCCUGGUUCCAUUCGGGAACCACUGCUGGACCGGCCCCGACAGACAUCAUGUCCCCUUCCACCUAGAGAGGGGAUGAAAAUGUGAAGAUUUGGCUGGGCGGGGAACUGAAGACAGGAGAGGGGGGAAAGACCCCCCCUCCCCCAAACCUUUCGCAGUGGUUAGCCUGGAAAGCUCCUAACGGGGACGGGAGCACAGACGGAGAGAGGCGCCUGGUUGCGUCCCUGGCUCUUCGUUCCCCCACCUCGCGGCGUCUCUAGCAAACGUCCUGUCUCGAACUACCGCGAAAAAGGGAGGAGGGUCAUGUCCAACCCCGAGAAGCCGCUUUUAUCCCGCCCCCAGGCCCCCCUGCCUGCAGACGGGAAAAAGCUCAGAUCCGGCCACUACCAACUGCACUCGGAUCUCGGCGGCGGCGGCAAAGGCAACGGCCAGGGCGGGGACGGCUCUAGCGCUCCCAAGGCUGGGAACGCCCGUGGUUUCCCCUUGCUCCUGGCCCGCGCAGCCCCGGGCACAGACGGCCCGGGCCCCGGCGCCGCUUGCUUCUCUUCCUGCCGUGCUCGCGGCGGCGGCGGCGGCAGCAGGGUCGUUCCCCGAGCUCCUUUCUCCGUCCCCUCUUCCUCCUCCUCUUUUCCCUCCUCUUCUCCAUCUUCCUUUUACUUCUUGCCGCCCCCGCCUCCCCCUCCUCCUCCUCCUCUUCUCCCCUCCUCAUCUUGCUUUCACCUCCCAGCGGGUCUCCAAGGAAGGGAAGUAGCAGCAGCAGCAGCAAGAGCAGGAGGAGGAGGAGGUAGAGGAGGAGGAGAUGUUGGAGGAGGAGGAAGAGGAGAAGAAACAGCUCCCUUGAUCGUCCACCCGAGCAGUAGUAUUAGCAGCAGCGGCAUCGGCAGCGGCAGUGGCAGCAGCAGCAGCAACAGCAGCAGCAGCAACAGCAGCAGCAUUAGCAGCGGGAGGCGGCGGCUGUUUUUCUCUCCUCCUUCCCUCCAGGGUUUGCUGCUCCCAGCCUCCGUCGGCCCCCGGCUGCAGCCGCCGCCGCAGCAGCAGCAGCCGCCGCCGCAGCAGCAGCCGCAGCCUUCUCGGCUUCUCCGUUCCCCAGCCGCCUGCAGCCUGUGGUCCUACAAUUUUCUAGGCGCUGCAGGCGCAGCCCGCGCCGGCGGUGGGGUCGGAGGCGGCGGCCCGAGUUACACCACCACCAGCAGCAAAAUUCAGCAGCAGCAGCAGCAGCAGCAGCCUAGAGGCUCCUUCUUCUCUUUCGCUUCCUCCUCCCCCUUGUCACUAGGGUCAGACAUGGAAGAUGGAUCUUCUAAUAAUGCAAGCUGCUUUAGAAGGUUUACAGAGUGUUUCUUGAACACGAGUCUGACAGAUGAAAAAGUGAAGGCCUAUCUUUCUCUUCACCCCCAGGUACUCGAUGAAUUUGUUUCUGAAAGUGUAAGUGCUGAGACAGUUGAAAAAUGGCUAAAGAGGAAAAACAACAAACCGGAAGAUGAAGGAAUUUGUAAUGAAAUCACCCGGUACCGGGAUACAAAUAUGCAAGGAGUUGUAUAUGAACUAAACAGCUAUAUAGAACAGCGGUUGGAUACAGGAGGAGACAACCAGCUACUGCUCUAUGAAUUGAGUAGACUCAUCAAAAUAGCCACAAAAGCAGAUGGAUUUGCACUGUAUUUCCUGGGAGACUGCAAUAAUAGUCUGUGUAUGUUCACACCACCUGGAGUAAAGGAAGGAAAACCACGACUCAUCCCAGCUGGGCCAAUUACCCAUGGUACAACAAUAUCUGCUUAUGUAGCCAAAUCAAGGAAAACAAUGCUAGUAGAAGAUAUCCUUGGGGACGAACGAUUUCCAAAAGGUAUCGGACUGGAAUUAGGGACACGUGUCCAGUCUGUUCUUUGUUUACCAAUUGUCACUGCGAUUGGUGACCUCAUUGGUAUCCUUGAACUGUAUCGGAACUGGGGCAAAGAAGCUUUUCAUAUCUGUCACCAAGAGGUUGCAACAGCAAAUCUUGCCUGGGCCUCAGUAGCAAUACAUCAAGUACAGGUAUGCAGAGGUCUUGCCAAACAGACUGAAUUGAAUGACUUCCUACUUGAUGUAUCAAAAACCUAUUUUGAUAACAUAGUCGCAAUAGAUUCUCUACUUGAACACAUAAUGAUAUAUGCAAAAAACUUGGUGAACGCAGAUCGUUGUGCACUUUUCCAGGUAGACCAUAAGAACAAAGAAUUAUAUUCAGACCUUUUUGAUAUUGGGGAGGAAAAUGAAGGGAAGCCUGUUUUUAAGAAGACCAAAGAAAUAAGAUUUUCAAUUGAUAAAGGAAUAGCUGGGCAGGUGGCUAGAACAGGGGAAGUCCUUAACAUCCCAGAUGCCUAUGCAGACCCACGCUUUAACAGGGAAGUAGACCUAUACACAGGUUAUACCACACGGAAUAUUUUGUGUAUGCCUAUUGUGAGUCGAGGGAGUGUAAUUGGCGUUGUGCAGAUGGUGAAUAAAAUAAGUGGAAGUGCCUUCUCCAAAACAGAUGAAAACAACUUUAAAAUGUUUGCAGUCUUUUGUGCUUUAGCCUUACACUGUGCUAAUAUGUAUCAUAGAAUUCGCCAUUCAGAGUGCAUUUACCGAGUAACCAUGGAAAAGCUUUCCUAUCACAGUAUAUGUACUGCAGAAGAAUGGCAGAACCUCAUGCACUUCACAGUCCCAGCAAGCCUCCACAAAGAAAUUGAAUUAUAUCAUUUUGAUAUCAGUCCUUUUGAAGAAAUGUGGCCUGCCAUUUUUGUCUACAUGGUACAUCAGUCCUGUGGGACAGCCUGCUUUGACUCUGAAAAGCUAUGUCGUUUUAUUAUGUCUGUUAAGAAAAACUAUCGACGAGUUCCUUAUCACAACUGGAAACAUGCAGUUACUGUGGCACACUGUAUGUAUGCCAUACUUCAGAAUAAUCAAGGGCUUUUUACAGACCUGGAGCGAAAAGGACUUCUGAUAGCAUGCCUGUGUCAUGAUCUGGACCACAGGGGAUUCAGUAAUAGCUACCUUCAGAAGUUUGAUCACCCUCUGGCAGCUCUGUACUCCACCUCAACCAUGGAGCAGCACCACUUUUCCCAGACAGUAUCCCUCCUCCAGCUGGAAGGGCACAAUAUCUUCUCCUCUCUGAGCUCCAGUGAAUAUGAGCAGGUGCUGGAGAUCAUCCGCAAAGCCAUCAUCGCCACAGACCUUGCUCUGUACUUUGGGAACAGAAAACAGUUGGAGGAGAUGUACCAAACAGGAUCGCUAAACCUUAAUAAUCAAGCACAUAGAGACCGGGUAAUUGGUCUAAUGAUGACUGCUUGUGACCUUUGUUCCGUAACAAAGCUGUGGCCAGUUACAAGAUUGACAGCUAAUGACAUAUAUGCGGAGUUCUGGGCUGAGGGUGAUGAAAUGAAGAAAUUUGGAAUCCAGCCUAUCCCUAUGAUGGACAGAGACAAAAAGGAUGAAGUCCCUCAAGGCCAACUUGGCUUCUACAAUGCUGUAGCUAUUCCUUGCUAUACCACCCUUAUGGAAAUCUUCCCUCCUACUGGACCCCUGCUCCGGGCGUGCAGGGAUAAUCUUGGUCAAUGGGAGAAAAUAAUUAGAGGAGAGGAAAGUCUUAUAUGGCUUCCAAACCAGACAGGAACUCCAGAGACCUCUAGCUCACUGUCUUUGAAGAUUGAUCAACAAUGAUUAUUAAUAUUCACCUGAAGGCUCAUCCUCAUCCCUCUCUUUUUUAUAUUAUUUUAUUUUGUGGAGGGAGCAUGAAAAAGAAAAAAAAAAAGAGCCACACCUGCUAACUGGGACACAAACCUUUUCAAGGAAGGUAACAUCAAGGAGAUAACUCAACUGGAUGACUACCUGCCAGUCUCAUCUGUGAUGUACUGUAAACAAUGAGAAACUAAGACUACUCAUGUUUUGGGAUCAGCUGUCCAAGUGAACUCUAUAUGACUUGCAAAGUGGCCUUUUCUCAUAGGCUUUUGCUGAAGCCUUAAUUUAAAACUGAAGAAAAUUAUACCAUGGGGGUACUUUUUAAGUUGUAGCUUUCUAGAGAAGGUUUAAAAUGGUACUUUUACUGUAUUGUUCUUUGGCAGGCUUUCACAGCAAUGUUGCUUUGAAGUUCUUGGUUAUAAAUAGGAUUUUUUUACACAUUACUGUGGUGAAUGUUUAUGUGUGAUCUACUUAUCAGUUUGACCUCUAGCAGAAAACCUCAGCACUACAACGGUCUAUGAGACUGCAGUAUGUGGAGUUUCUUUCUGCAAUCAGGAGUGGGAGAAAACCAGGUUCCAGGUUCAGAGCUCCAAAACCCAUUUUAAUCAGUGAUUCCAACUGACUGUUGCAUGCUAGGAGCUGCCAGUUAGGAGAGCUUACUUUAGACAUCAUUCACUAAAGAGAGAGAGAAGAUUUAAACCUGUCUGGGACGUUCUUUCUUCUAAACUCCAAAACUUAGGCAAAACCUUGAACAAAGUGUCAUUCACUUCAUAGCAAACUUAGAAAUUAUCUUUCUUCUUUCUACGAUUAUGUUAGAGAAUCAGUUCAUCCAGUCUUCUCACCUGAAGAUUCAAAUUUAGUAAGUACAGCUGUAUUGAGAACAGAAAAAAGAAGGAAAGGGUAUAAUUUCCUACCAGCUAGCCUUGCUGAUCACAAAUGUGUUCUUUUUUGUUGUGAGAGAAUCCUUUUUAUAACCAGUUUUACAGAUGCCCGUUUUCAGACAUAUUUUUCCCAACUGAAAACAUACUCAUCCAAAUGGUCUCCAAAUACAAUACUUUUUUUAAAAAUUCACCUAAACUUUAGGUCUACUGAUCACUAGAACUUUUGAUCUAUAGCUUUCUUUGCCUAUUAGGUAACUAUCCUGUGAGACAGUAGUAAUGCCAGUGUAUUUUUAUCAACAUGUACUCUACUGGGAGCAGCACAGGAGAGCCACAGAUACCUGUUUCUUUAUUAUUAAGUAUCAGUUUGGUAACCAAACCAGGUAGAAAGACCCAUAGGUUUUGGUGGCAUAUUGUUAUAGAGUCUUUUACAAACUAAAAAUCAGUGUUCAUGAUGCCGAAUGAGAGAAAAUCACUACUUCAAAACACUUUGGACCAGAUUUUGCAAGAUUUUUAAAUAGUUUAUUCAGUGGGUGUUAGCUAGACACUUUGAGAAUGAGAAUGUUGAGGGAGACUGAAUCUUUAAAGAUACUGAGAAAGCAUAGUGCUCAGUACUGACUCAAAAGGGUCAACCUAUUUCCAGAACUGACAGGCUUGCUCAAAGUAACAUUCACCUAAAAAGAGAUCAGAGUAUUUAUUUUAAUUUAAUAAGUUUUUAAAUACCCCCUUUAUAAUAUGAAUUAUACCCUGAUUUUAUAUGUCGAGGAGCUUUGCAAAUUAAAAGUGGAAAAACAUAUCCACAACUUUUUAGAAGAACUUAGAGAGUUAUGAUGGAGUCCACAAGUUGCCCAUGAAAAUCAGUCUCUGCUAUAUUACUGAGCUGCCUCCUCAUUUGUUGGUUUCUGAACCACACCUUCCAGGUCUCCAGGGCCUAGAAUUCCCAUUUCUGGUUCACCUAUGGUAUCUAUUUCCCAAAGACCAAAGGAAACAUAGGAGCACCACUGUGAUUAAAGAAACAAAAUUAGUGUAUAGUGAAUAUGAUGAAAUCCAGUUUAUUCUGUGAGAAGAGCUGUUUGUAAAAGUGUGGGACAAGGGAUUGUAUCAAAAUUGAGAAAAGCCUUAAGUAUAAAGAGUGUCAUGUACAUAUUAAAGCUUUAUUAACAGCCUUCUUCAAGAGGCCUUCACUCCUCCAGGAGUAAUUUAGUGACUUUUAUCAUCAGGAACCAACAUUAACAAAAAAAAAUAAUUCAUCAAAAUAUUAUAUGUGAAUAAAAAGCUACUCAAGGAAGCAAGUGAUUGCUCUCUCAACAUUAGAAAAAAAGUUGGCCGUUUCUCUUUCUGAUAGUACUGAAAACAGUCUUAAUCAUCUUACUCUAGGUAGCAUGGACACAUCUUAUAUUGAAAAUCUCAUCAGUAGGUAUAAGAAAUCUAGAUUUGACUGUUUCUUUGCAAAUACUGUCCCAGGAGAGGUAGAAUUUCACAGAAGACCAAAUGGUAAAUUUAGAAGUUUGAUACUACUUUUAGGGCAUUGCAUAUCACCAAGGUCUCAUAGGCUUUUUUUUUUUAACUCAAACACUGUAAUAUUUGGUUAAUAUGUUGUUUUGGAAAAAAUGCAGCCAGGGUAUUUUUAUGCUUUGCCAGAUGUUGUCCCCGUGCUUAACAGGCAGGCUUGCUGAGUUCUGUUUCCCAUCUUUCUCUCAGCUCUUUACUUAAAGGGCAUUGCAAUGCCUGUAGCCAGCCAGAUGCCUUUUAUUACCAGAAGUUUUGAUGUGCUUCUCUGUAGGAGAAUACUUUGUUUGCCCAAUUUUCCCCUGUAGAGUAUGAAUUGAGGACAUAGCUGUGGAUAUAUGGAGUGUUUUGAAGCUUGCAGAAAAUUAUAUUAUUAUGAGGUGCAAAUCAAGCAGUUUUCUAGUCACAUUGAACAUAUCUGACAUUAUCUUUCCAGAUGUUGUAAACAUUUUUAAUCCAGCACAUUUAUUAGAAAAAUUAAUGCAUAUCCAUGUCAACUUCAAAUAUUAAACUCAAGGAGUAGAAGUAAACCCUAAACUGAAAGACAAAAACAUUAGCAAUUAGCCUGAGAGAGAAACAAGACUGAAUUCAAUAAAUGCUCAAAAAGAAAAUGGAACAUUUUCUUAAUAAUGAUUGCUAAACUGCCUUAUUCAUAAUUGAUUGUGAUCCCUGGGCCAAGAACAAUUUGACUUAACCCUUGAAAAUUGAAACCUAAUUCUCCUCUUCAUCUCCACCUACUUGUCUAGCCCCAUCACUAGUCUUCCACUCCAAAUGGGGAAAAAAGUUUCUAUAAAUUAUUUUACAUCCAGUGCCAGAGCUGCAAAAAAGUUAAAUUGAAGCUAGAAUUUGUUGAAAUACCAUGCACUUUUUGGAUAGUUUUAAUUUGAAACAACCCAGCCCUAAUGUAGUUUGGUUUUUGCCAUGUUCAAACACAAGAAGUAUGUCGGUACAUAAUAUUGAUGUUUGGUGAGCAUACCAUACAAACCAUACUUAAGCAAAGCUUUUUCAGUACCUUGGUUCUAUGUAGAUUUGGGUUUGCAUAUUGUCUAAAGUGGUCUUACUUGUAAUUAAGAGUCCUAAUAGGGCCAGACUGUUAAUUUAUACUAGCCUGAACUUGUUUUCAUGCUCUUCUCUCCCCCCCCAAAAAAAACCAAACAAACAAACCCCAAACUCACAACUCUUCACUUUAUAUAUUCAUUAUGAAUGGAUGAAUGAAAAGGUAUUUAUUAAGUGCUUACUAUAUGUCAGACACUAUGCUUAGCUAGUUUGGGAAUUCAGAUAGAAAAAAUAAUCUCUAGGAGUUGAUACUCUAAUUGGAGAAAACAGCACAGAAAAGAUAAUGAAACUGUAGGGAGAUAAAAAAGCCUGGAAGUCCUAUGGGUACAGCGGUGGCAGCAAUGUCAAGGUCCAGGAUUCCUUAGACCACAUAUGUAGGUCCAGUGAUAAUUUCUAGGGUCUGUAGGGCACAGAUGGUAAGAGAUGCCGAACUUUAGGAAGCUGUAGCUGAAUAAUAGCUGGUAUAAGGCCUACUGGUCUUCCAUCUCACCAGGAGGAGGAAAAGAAUAUUGAACACUCCUCUCAGCCAAACCACAUGAGCCCCUACAACCCAGCCAAAGAGGGAAGGCACGGAGAAGAGGACUACACAGCCUUAAUUAAUUGUGUUCAACCCUAAACAAAGACUUUUUUAAAAGAUAAAAAUGGUUAUUUCAUGACUAUGGUGAUUUUCUUAACAGUCUUAUUUAACUUCAAACAUUCCUGUGUAUCACCUAUGAUUGUAAACAGUGGACUGGAGGCUAUUAAGACAGUAAAUUACGCAGGAACUUCUGAGAACUGUGAUUUUAAUUAAGAUGUGAUCUUAUUGGGUUUCAGGUACGCACAUAAGCUUUAAGUUCUGAAAAAUCUUGUAUUUCAAAUGUAGACACGUUUCCUUCAUUCUGUUUGCUGACUACUUUAAUGCUUUUCCUUUAUUCACAGGCUAAAUAUGUGACAUGUAUUGCAAGUUAUUUGCUUGACUUAAAACAUCAUUGUAAGAUGCAGAUUAGUUGGAAUGUGCUAUCACUUGUGAUUUCCAGAAGCUUGGCCAUAGCAAGAGGUUGUGUUAUGUUUACAUUCUCACAAUUAUUGCUCCUAUUUAUAAAGUACUUUUCCACUGAUAUUUUUAAACUCAUAUUAGUUUGAGAAUACUAUUGUUGCCAACCAGUGCAGCCUUCACAUUCAUAUUUGAUAUCCAGGUCGUGUGAAUCACUAAAUGCACUCUUGAGGUGAUGAAAGUUGUUGCACUAUCAUAAAAAUGAGUUUUGAAAUGAAUUUUUUUGGAAAAUGAAUUUUGAUGAUUCUAAGUUAAGUAUAUCAAGGAAGUAAACGUUUGGGUAGAACAAAAAGACACUGGCUUUCCCACAAAACUUGUUUGAAAAGCUGUUGUUUUAAAUUCCCAUAUAGCAUUAUGUUCAUUGAAGUUGUAACGAUCUUUUCUUUAAAUCCACAAUGGCAAAGGAAACGUUAUGUCUUUAAUCUGACUUAAUUUAACUUUUUUCCCCACAAGUGGUAGAAAACCGGCAUCUAAGAGCACAUACACUCAAGCAUGGCUUCAGCUGGUACACUGUAAAGUGUUUGCUGAAACUAACUUGCUGAAAGGGAAACAUGAAAGCCGAAUUUGAAGAGGUGACUAUAAAGAGAAGAUGAUAUUACUUGUCAGUUUUCAGCUGAUAUAAUUAAAUUGUAUAUUUACAGAAACCUAAUUGAAGGGUUUUUGUUCUUGUUGUAAGCUAAGAUGUUAAAAUAUGUGUUAUUUGCAUACUCUACUAAGCCUGUUCUAAAACAUCAUGUUAAUUAUAUCAUGGCAUAUGGCACUGUAACAUUUAUUUCUUCCUGAGGCACUGUGAUACAAAGUGCUGUGAAAUGUCUCAAUAUCCUAUUCACAUAGCCCAUCAGACAUUUGAAGCUUCUUUUUCCCUGUGUAUGUGGACUGUUCUAUAUGUGAACUCCUUUACUUAGUUACUUAGCCAGAGUAAGUGAAAACAUUCUAGAAUUUGUUCUGUAGAAGCCAUUUCUACCAAGACCCUCACUUGCUCACCAGACCCAUCCACUGGAAAUAAUGCCUUUGCCUAAAACACUGUGAUAUAGUUACCAUGAUGUCUAGUGAUAGAGUAUAUUCUUUCUGUCUGGAGACAGAACAUUUCCACCCCUUUCCAAAUGAAUACUCAUAGCCAGAAUUUAGAGUCUGCAUCCCAACCUAGCAAAGUAGAUCACACACAACCUGCUGGUGGUGGUCUGCAUGCUGACCAAAAACUGUGUAUGGAUGUCAAAGUGAGUGUACAAGCUGUUAAAAGAGAGAGAUGAAUGAAAAACUGUUUUGUGUGGUAGAUCAAUUUGUUUCCAAAAGUCUGAUGGGCCAGUCUGUCAAGGAGAAAGAACUUUAUGGUUACAAUGUCCAGUUUUACUACAGUUAAUAACUUAAUGAGUUAAAAAUGAUUUUCUAUGUAUGACACAAAGAAAUCUUUGUACAAAAAUAUGCACAGUGCAAUAAUUUAAAAGGUCUUAACUUUGCAUUUAUAAAUUAUAAAUAUUGUACAUGGUGUGUAAUUUUUCAUGUAUUCAUUUUCAGUCUUUGUAUUUAAAAGAAUCCUUUACUGUUAUGUUUGUAUAAUAGAACAGUAAUCAUUUACUAUGAUCUAGACAAGUUGUAAAUAAAUUCAUAAACCAAACUGCCAGUAUAUAUGCAUAUAUGGGAGUCCUAUUGGGAAACCUAUCUUUGUUUUACCUACUGGCCUAAAGCAGCAAGAAAUCUUUGUGGAUAUGUAAUUAUACAUAUAAAAUAUAUAUAUAUGUAUGAUACAUAAAAUAUAUUUAGAAAUGUUCAUAAUUUUAAUGAAUAUAACCUUUGGUGUGAAUAUUACUGAAUGAAUACAGAGUUUUUUAAAUAUCAUUUUUCAUGUCAAUCUUUUGCUUUCAAUGGUGGGGGGAAGUGUAUAGAGAAUUUGUAUGAAUUUGUAUUGAUUAGGGGGGAAAAGUCCCUUCAGAGAAAACUGUAAGUUUGUUGCUUAAUGAACAGUUAACAUUUAGUCUACAUGUUGUAUUCUCCCUAAUCAUUUCUUAAUUUUUCUUUUUUUUCCUUCCUUCCUUCCUUUCUUUCUUUCUUUUUUUUUUUUUUUUGGUGACACACUUGGGGUUAAGUGGCUUGCCCAGGGUCACACAGCCAGUAAGUGUUAAAUAUCUGAGGCCACAUUUGAACUCAGGUCUUCCUGAAUCCAGGGCCGGUGCUCUAUCCACUGUGCCAUCUAGCUGCCCCCAUUUCUUAAUUUUUUUAAAGAGAAAUCUUAAACAUCCAUAUUGUAACUUUAUUAUUGUAAAUUAUGUAUCACUUUCUAAAGAAUUUUCACCAUUAUUAUCUCAUUUAAUCACCAUAACUGUUCUUUGAAAUGUAAGUAGUAUUGCCCUUAUUUUACCCAGGAAAAAAAUGAGCAACAGAGGCAAAAGGGCACAUGGCAAAUGACCCAGUUUGGACUUGUGGCCCUCCUGGGCCAAUGCUUUUUGCCCUUUCUGUUGUCCUUUCUUUGAAGUUCUGGGUCCUGUGACUUGGAAAGUUCAGAGCCUGGUUUAGCCAAGUAGGGUUAUUAUUCCCUGUGUUAUCAUUCCAGCAUG